CGGAUCGUACCUGACUUGGGAUUCCACAAAAUUUGCAAAGAGGAAGAAGAGGUGUAAAUCAGAAGAAAAGCUCAAAAAAAGAGAAAAAAGAAAGCAAAAAGGAGGAGCGUGAAAAUUGAACAAAAGACUCAUUAAAGAACACUCUCAUUAUAGUGUUGUUCACGAGAAAAAGCUUACCCCAGCUCUCUUUUUCUACAUAUAUAUACUGUAUACAUGAAUAAAUGUGUCUGCUUGUAUUGAGAAGAAGGAGUGGAGAAAUAAGAUGAAUAAAGCUAGAAAGAAAAAGGGGAUUUUUUUUUUGAAUCUGGGUAUCCCUCAAAUGCCUUUUCUUUAUCUUCCUUUUUGAGCAUUAAACUAUGGCUGACAAUUUCUGUUUCUUCACCAAGGAUACUUUCAUCAUAAAGCCACCAAAGAAAUCUCCAUUGCUGCUGAGAAUGGUGGUCUUAUUUUUUGCAAUGAUAUGUGGGAUUUAUAUAUGUUCAAUUUGUCUGAAACAAAUUGGUUCGCGUUCCAGUGGACCGGUGACCAGUGUUCAUGUGGUUGAAAGGCCAUGUGAGGCGACGAAUAUUGAACCUUCAGAAAAACCUUAUCUGCACUUCCCCAAGCCAAAAACUUUUAGCAGGGCUGAGUGUGCGUGCAAUCCUGUAAGGUUUUUCGCAAUUUUGUCCACUCAGAGGUCUGGUAGUGGAUGGUUUGAAACAUUGUUGAACAGCCAUAUGAAUAUAAGCUCUAAUGGGGAGAUUUUUUCUGCUAAAGCCCGGAAAGUUAAUGCAUCGACGAUUUUGGAAACAUUGGACAAACUCUAUAACCUAGAGUUUUUGACCAGCGCUUCCAAGAAUGAAUGCACAGCUGCAGUUGGACUGAAGUGGAUGCUUAAUCAGGGUCUAUUGCAGCAUCAUGAGGAAAUUGUUGAGUACUUCAAAAGGAGAGGAGUUUCUGCAAUUUUUCUCUUCAGAAGAAAUCUUUUGCGCAGAAUGGUUUCGAUACUAGCAAAUUCCUAUGAUCAGAAUGCUAAGCUGUUAAACGGAACCCAUAAGUCUCAUGUGCAUUCUCCUGUGGAGGCUGAGAUACUUGCAAGUUACAAGCCUACAAUAAACACAACCACGUUGAUCGCUAACCUGAAACAAGUACAGGAUAUGGCUGCUAGCGCUUUGGAGUACUUUAAGAGCACUCGGCACAUAAUCUUGUUCUAUGAGGACAUAAUAAAAAAUCGGACUAUACUGAAUGAUGUGCAAGAUUUCCUGAAGGUUCCAAGAAUGGACCUCCAUAGUCGUCAAGUGAAGAUACAUAAGGGGCCAUUGUCUUCACAAGUUGAAAAUUGGAGCGAUGUUGAAAAGACACUCAAGGGAACAUCUUAUGAAAGUUUCCUACACGCAGAUUACAAAAUAUAAAUGUGCAGUGCUAGUGUAUAUGUAGCUUGUGUUGUUUAACUUUAUUCUUUCAUUAUUUAUGUGUAAGCAGAAGCUAAAAGGGGAACUUCUGGUUAAGAUUUUGGUUUCAGCAGGCUGUCCUCGAGUUCCCCUCGUUUCAGGUAAUCAAUUUUGGGUAUGUAUUUGACUCUUCAUGUUAAAUAGGUUUUCUAAGCCGAUAACAACAACAACCCAGUGGAAUCCCACAAGUGGGGUCUGGGGAAGGUAAUGUGUACGCAGACCUUACCUUAUGGGAUGUAGAUAGGUUGUUUCGGAAAUACCCUCGGCUCAAGAGGAAGGAGGUUUUAAUGAAAUUAGCAAUUUUGAUCUUGAA